AGCGGAAUUUUUUCCGUAAAAGCGUUUGAUGAACGUAACCCUGUGUUAACAUUUCAUCACAAAAUAAUAAAUUAUCCAGCUCUCAAACAUUCGUUACGUGGAAAAAGAGGCUCGUCUUGGCUAAAGUGAGACACGUUGACGUUUUCAUCUAAAUUUAUAAAUGUGACAGUGCAGUGACGUCGGGACGCCCGUCUAUAGGCGUUUAAAUAUCACGAGAUAAUUUUCGCUCACAACAUUUUCAAAAUAAAUUAGUCGUCGUAAGACUUCACGGGAUCGAAUUGACUUCCUCUCACAAUUCACUCGAGUGUAAUUAAACCAUGUGGAUGAUAAAUAAAAGCACAACAGUUUUAUUUAUGACUCUUAUUUUAAAUUUGUUACAUAAAAUUAAAGCCAGUCCGACGAAGCAAGUGACACUUCAAGUACCUUUCGGUGAAACUGUUACUUUGGUGUGCGAUAGUAAUGAUGAGGACCAUUCGUUUUUCUUUUGGUUUGUCGACGAGAAAAAUAUUUACGUUGGGCCGUCUUAUCAAUACGACAAUGCGAAAUUUAAGUAUGAAGUACUGUCAGGAAAUUUAACAGUAAAGGCCGUUUCGAAAGAUGAGGAAGGUGUCUACAACUGUGUUUCAAGAGGGGUUUCAAAAGAAUCAAUUAAUAUUCGGUCUGUUCGCAUGAUUGUUAACGCGGACUGGGAAGAUGUUUACGAGCAUGAUCCGAAUGUCAACGUUUACAGAGUGGUGGUUGUUUUGGGCACACUUAUGGUCUUGUCAGGGGUGGGAUACGCUGGUUAUAAAAUAUGGAAGAACAGGUUCAGACAUCCCACUUACUUAGUGCCUUCUGAGGAUGAAGACGACGACAGUGGCGAGGAAAUUUUCAGAGCUCCUGGGACGUCUCGAGGUGCUGAAAACGUCGCUCUGGUGAAGACAAACUCAAGUGAAAGCUUCAGUACUGACUUUAAAAGUAUUUUAGAUACGGCAAGUAAAAAAUAAUUGUAGCUUUGUCAUGUUUUAUUGUGCGUUGAGUAAAAAUAUACAAAUAUACCUAAAAUUA